AAACAAACCCGCCCCGCUGCGGAGAGAUGUCAGUGAACGAGUCGUUUAUUACCAUGUUGUAAUAUCAAGAUUACAGGCGGGCAGAGUCAUGGGUUCUGUAAUGUUCACUGUCAUACGUUUAUGAUCGCGACUGAAAGGCUGGUUUGAAGUUGUAAACCGUCAGGAUGCCCGCAAUGGUGGUGCUUGGACGCCGAUGGCGAAUCGCCAGCGAUGAUCUUGUGUUUCCUGGCGCCUUCGAGUUAUUUAUCAGGGCUCUGUGGUGGGUCGUGACCUUAGUUGUGUACAUUAACCAUAAGGGACGAUUUGACUGUCAAGGUGGAGCGUAUUUGCAUAAUUACCUUGUAGUUCUUCUUGUGCUUUUGGCUGCCAUCAUCUUCACAUUAUGUGCAGUUGUUUACGUCAGUGCUCAAGGAACCAUAAUGAACCCGGGUCCCCGGCGCUCGAUGCCGGCCCUGGUGUAUCUGCGUGCGGUUCUGUACGUUCCUGAGCUCGUGUGGGCCGUCCUGGGGGCCGUCUGGGUGUCGGAUAACAGCACAGGGUGCAAGCCGGAGGAGGUCGGGGCGGUGAUCGGAGCGGUGGUUUCCAGCUGGAUCAUCCUUCUCUCUAUGGCUGUGGGAGUGCUGGUCGUGUUCGACCCUCUGGGGAGCCAGCGCUCGGGGGUUUCUCUGGACGCUCAGUCAGACGUGAGGGAUCUGGAUCUGGAGGGCAGCGAGUCGUCUCAGCUCUUCUACACCGCACACACACUGGCCUCGCGUGUGUGGGAGAGCCGUCUGCGUCUCCUCUGCUUCUGUCUGCCUCAGGACGACAACCAUCGAGCCGCGUUCUCCAGCAUCGCACAGCUCGUCGGAGGAUUCUUCCUGGACACAGACCUGGUUCCCAGUGAUAUCGCUGCGGGUCUGGCUCUUCUUCAUCAGGAACAGGACAAGAUGGAGCAGAGCAGAGACCCUGACGAGGUCCUGACCCACAGCCCGUCCUCCCCGAUAAGGGAGGAUCUGGAGAUUGAGCUGGAGAAAGCCACUCACUGUAUGCAGUUUGCAGCAGCUGCGUAUGGAUGGCCGUUGUACGUCUACUCAAACCCGCUCACGGGGCUCUGCAAACUCAGUGGAGAUUGCUGUCGGAGUCGUCAGGCGGAGUACGAUCUAGUGGGAGGAGACAGUCUCGGCUGCCACUUCACUUCUAUCCUUCAGAGCACAGGCCUCCAGUACCGAGACUUCAUCCACAUCAGCUUUCAUAACCAGAUCUACGAGAUCCCGUUUUUCGUGGCGUUGGAUCAUAAGCGGGAGGCGGUCCUUGUUGCUGUGAGGGGGACGCUGUCGCUUAAGGACGUGUUGACGGAUCUCUCCGCUGAGUGUGAGAAUAUUUCUGUCGAAGGCGUGUCGGGAACCUGCUAUGCUCACAAGGGCAUUUCUCAGGCGGCGCAUUACAUCUACAAGAAACUGGUCAACGAUGGGAUUCUGAGCCAGGCGUUCAACAUCGCACCUGAGUAUAAGCUGGUCAUCACAGGUCACAGUCUGGGUGCAGGAACGGCGUCUCUGCUGGCUGUGCUUCUGCACAACACACACCCCACACUGGAGUGCUUCGCUUUCUCUCCACCAGGGGGCCUGAUGAGUAAAGCGCUGGCCGAUUACUCGAAGCAGUUCGUCGUCUCGGUGGUGCUGGGAAAAGAUCUUGUGCCCAGAUUGAGUAUUCCAAACAUGGAAGACCUGAAAAGAAGAUUAUUAAAAGUGGUGUCUAACUGCAGUAAACCAAAGUACAAGAUAUUAAUGCACGGCUGCUGGUACGAGGUGUUUGGAGGAACUCCUGAUGAUUUCCCCACGGAGAUGGAGAACCGAAGAGAGGAGGAGCUUAACCAUCCGUUGCUAGGCGAGGAGAGUCUGUUGGUGCGACGCUCGACAACCUAUCAGAGCCUGUCGUCUGACGACUCGCCCGCCCACCACACACACUUACCCCUGUACCUGCCGGGCCGGGUCAUGCACAUCACCGAGGACGGGCCCACACGCAGACACUGCUUCUCUCAGGUGAGGUACCGGGCGGAGUGGGCGAGCGAGACGUCGUUCCGUAACGUUCUGAUCAGCCCGAGGAUGAUGGCGGAUCACAUGCCGGAUGUGGUUCUGCGGGCCCUGAGGAGUCUGACCCGAGAUCAGCACCCGUCGGCGCUAUGCCCGUCCUCCAUGAGCAACAGCCACCUCAACGUCAUCUGAGCGUUAACAAACCUCACCUACAGACAUUCAACAUGCGCAUUUAUUUCUGCCUUAUGAUCCCAGUGGUGCGUCUGCUUCACGGACGGCUGUAUAUUCCCUCCAUCAUGACAUUAUUUGCAAUGCUGUGUUGUUCAAAUGUGAGAAUUCAUUUCAUAUUAGUGAUCGUGCAAAGACGAGCGAUUCAAAAAGUCAGUAUUAUGAGUGGAGUGUAAUGGUGGCGUUAUGUUUUUGUGAUGUGUCUUUGUCACAUGGGAAUUGUGUGAUCAUUUGCCAAAAAGAGUGUUUUGCACUGAUUGUAGAUCAGUGAAACGCAUCCGCCGUAUGAGACUCUGAUGCAUGGCACCGAGCGCAUGAAAA